AUGUUGACCGCAGGAGGUCUCAGAAAUGCUUGCCCUAGCUGUAGAGCUCGUAUUCUGAGCUUAGCAGGGCAGCGCACUCCAGGGACAAUUAUCCCAGGACGAUCAAGUCCUUCGAAGCUAGCUGCAUCUCGAUCGGUGGUACGACCCGCCGCCCGCAGACCCCUCACGACAACACCACGCAGAUUCCAGGACAGCAAAUCAAGCCGAACUGACGCGAAAGACCUCACACAUGCUGCCGAUAUCGAGACGACCGUUCGGGAGGCGAAGCAGAGAUUUCGCGACACACUACCGAAAGGCUACCUGAGCGAGGAAGAAUACAGGCUAUACGAGCGCUGGUACGGGCCGCCGUUGAGAGAGACCACGCCGGAGGACAUUGGAAUCGAGUACUUGAACGAGAACACGUCCGAGGCGGCAGUACGAAAGGAUGGAUCUGCGGAACCUGCUCUCCUUCGACGGGGCGAGGGAGGCUCCUACGAGGAGGUAUCGUACGUGCGGAAAGGCAAACGAAAAACGCCUGAUCAGAUCUUCGAAGAAAUCGUGGAGGACAACCUCGCCUCUGAGCUAUCGACCGAGGUCGAACCUGCGCAAGAGCCUGCGCCCGAUGCCGAGCCCGAACCCGAAGAGCGAGAAAACUACAUCAAUGUUGUGGCAAGGAACAGGAGGGAAUACGAUGCGCUUAUGAAGCUGCAGAAGGACUUUGAGGCCAGUGCCCGCGCAUACGAGGAGUCGGAGAGGGCACAAGCUCAAAAGGAGGACGAAGAAUUACGAGACGAGGAACGAGAGAUGGACGAGGAUGAGGAGGACCUCGACGAGAGGGAGGAUGGAAUUCAAGACCAGAGCACCUCCAACCGUGCGAGUCGCUUGCAUCCUUACUCGAGAGAGGGCCACUUCUCGACAAACCCGGCUACAGUCUCCAUGCCCUACACGGGCUUCAUAUCACCAGUCAACACCAUUCUCAGCCGUACCGAUAUCAAGCACGUACAAGAGGCGGCGGAGAAGGCUUUCGGAGGCCCCGGCCUGCCCCAUUCACCGGCGACACCUGCUUCCAAGAUGAACCUGCCGCAGAACCCCAUUGGCAUGGCUGUCUGGCAGGCUAGGAUGUCAGAGAUCGAUGCGGAUGCGUUCAUCUCUACGUUCUUGCCGCCUACCUACGCCUCUGCCAUGGCCAGUCUGGUUGAGGUUCGCAAGCGCCUGGGCACGGAGUGGAUGCGCAAGCUAUUCGAGAGAGGCAACGGCGAGGGGCCCCGCAUCCUUGACGUUGGUGCCGGUGGUGCAGGUCUCCUGGCUUGGCAAGACAUUAUCCGCGCUGAGUGGGAAGCCAUGCAGUCCCGUGGUGAAGUCUCUGGUCGAGGUCCUCCAGGCAAGCAGAGUGUGGUCAUUGGAGCCGAAAAGCUGAGAGAGCGCAUUUCGAAGUUCCUCCAGAACACCAGCUUCCUACCUCGCCUGCCGGACUACCUGCACUCCGUCGACCAACAGGAACAGCACAUUGAUGCCAACGAGACCCCGCAGCCUAGGAAGAUGUUCGAUGUAAUCAUCGCUUCCCACCUGCUUCUUCCUGUCAAGGAAGGUCACAGACGCAAGGCCAUCUUGAACCAGAUCUGGUCCCUUCUUAACCCCGAGGGCGGUGUUCUGAUCGUUCUCGAGAAGGGCCAGCCUAGUGGCUUCGAAGCCGUUGCUGAAGUUCGCGACCGCCUUCUUCAGGAGUUCCUCAUCCCUCCAGGAGGGGAUGAACUCAAGGCCGAAGAACAGGACCUCGAUCCAUCUUUUGAGAGAGUAAAGGAGCACGGCAUGAUCAUCGCGCCCUGCACGAACCACAAGUCAUGCCCGAUGUACCUUGUCCCUGGUAGGAGCAAGGGGCGCAAGGACUACUGCCACUUCACCCAGCGCUUCGUCCGCCCGCCCUUCCUCCAGAGGAUCAUGGGCGCAACGCACCGCAACCACGACGACGUGCAAUUCAGCUAUGUCGCGAUCCAGCGAGGUACUACAGCCAAGUCAGGCUCCCUCGCCGGCGACAAGGCCACCACUCGCGCCUUGGAAGGCUACGAGGAUGCCGAGGCCGCCCCCGACAUGCUCUCCCUACCGCGCCAGAUUCUCCCGCCCAUCAAGCGCCGCGGCCACGUCACGCUCGACGUCUGCACGCCCUCCGCGAAGAUUGAGCGGUGGACCAUCCCGAAGAGCUUCAGCAAGCAGGCGUACCACGAUGCGCGCAAGGCGAAGUGGGGUGACCUGUGGGCGUUGGGCGCAAAGACCCGAUUGCAGAGGAAUGUGCGCCUGGGUAGGCCGGAGGCCGAUGAUGACGGCGGUGUUCGCGCGCAGCGGGCGAAUGCGGCCGCUCGCAAGAAGAGGAAUGUCGUUGAGGUCGGCAUUAACGAGCACGGUGUGAUUGGCGACCCCGAUGCUAUCGAAGCGCGCGCGCAGCCGCAGCAGAGACGGAAGAGCAAGAGAGGAGCUGCCCUGCAUGAUCUCAAGAAGCAGCUGGCGGAGAAAGAGGAUUAA